AUGUUGUUUGCUUGCGGGUCCAAUGGGCGGGGUCAACUAGGGGUUGGUCACUGUGACGAUUUGGGCGAGUUUACCGCUGUUUUGGGUGUCGACGGACCGGUGCUGGAGGUGGCCGGAGGCGGUAACCAUACUCUUGUUUUAUUACCGGAUGGUGUUGCAAUGGCCAGUGGCAGCAACGAUGAAAUGCAGCUUGGGGUUGUUGGUGAUGGGACCUCGAAGUUUACCAAGGUGAGCCAUCCUGACGGGUUGAGGUGGACGCAUGUAGCUGCAGGAUGGGCGUUUUCAGUAUUUAUUGACGAGCACGCGCAAGUAUGGACAUGCGGAUCGGGGAAAAAAGGCGAACUAGCUACUGAAAUAGAAAACCAUGGGCUUGAGCGUGUUUACAUGUUCAAAGCUGCGGUGGUAGCCGUGAAAACUGCAAUGGCCCAUACGCUAGUGUUGUUGGAGACCGGUCAAGUAUACGGAUGGGGUGCUUCAAGAAAAGGGCAGUUGGGAAUUCAUCAAGCAAAAGUAGUGGAGCCGGUGCUCGUUGGUUCCCACGCCCGUCAGAUAUCGGUGGGAAGAGACUUCAGUGUAGUGUUGCCCAUGUCUGGAAAACCCAUAAUAUUGGGGAACUUCCGAGGCCACAUACCCGAAACCGACUCAAAUCUAUCUAUUGUAUCAGGAUGGUCUUCUAUUGCAUUUGUCGGGGAACGCGUUGUUGUGACAGGCAACAACAGUCACGGUCAACAAGACGCACCGUUGAUGGUGCAUCCAGAUCAGGUUGCCGCCGGCAGUGAACACUACUUGGCACUCAAAGACAACGCUAUCGUGUCGUGGGGAUGGGGCGAACAUGGGAACUGCCCAGAACCUACUAGUGCUUCAGACGCUACAUCUAUCUUUGCCGGCUGUGCUACAUCAUAUUAUGUCUCAGACACUUCUUACCAGUAA